AUGGGUGCCAAUCUUUUGGGAGAAACCGUAAUGUUUGGAGUUGCGGCAUCAUUGAUUAUAUGGGAACAAACAAGUCGACAGUAUAAUUUAGAUGAUACAAUAGAAAAGCUAAAAGACGAAACCAGAGAAUUAAAAGCUGGUAUAGAAAAAUUGCAAGAUGAUAAUGAGAAUUUAAAAAAUCGAUUGAAUCAAGUUUUAGCAGCAGGACCAAAAUCAAAAUGGCGGACCGAAAGUGUCUCGGAGGGCGGUGGGUACAACCAGCAGGAAGAUCGCCAAGAGGAUCAGGUUGACGAAGUUGGUAAGGAAAAAAUUAAAGUGAAUAUGUUGAAGGAAGCAAGAACAUGA